AUGGAGUCUAGAGUACAACACAUCCAUAAAAAGCUUCUAAGCGAGGGAGUGAAUGCUACACGCAUACUAGGGAUCUUUGGAACUGGUGGAGUCGGUAAGACAAGUCUGGCUAAAGCAAUCUACAACUCAUUAAUUGAUCAGUUUGAAGAUAGUUGCUUUCUUGCAGACGUGAGAGAAACUUCAAAGCGAGAGCAUGGUUUAAUUCGAUUGCAAGAGACAUUUCUUCAUAAAAUACUCAAAGAAAGAAGUUUGAAAGUUGAAAAUAUUGAUGAUGGAAUCAAUCUCGUAAAGGAGAAUGUUUUUGGCAAACGGGUUCUUUUACUUCUUGAUGAUGUGGAUCAAUUGUUCCAAAUUGAAAACUUACUUGGAGAAUGUGAUUGGUUUGGUUUAGGAAGUAUUAUCAUUAUAACAACAAGAGAUGAACAUUUAUUAACUAGUUAUAAUGUUCAUUUACGAUAUAAGGUUAAGGAAUUGGGUCACGACGAAGCUCUUCGACUGUUUUGUUGGAAUGCCUUCAAAAAUGAAAAACCUUACCAUGAUUUUGUAGAACUUGUAGAAGAUGUACUGCAUUAUGCUGGGGGCCUUCCAUUGGCUUUAAUGGUGCUAGGCUCCUAUCUAUGUGGUAGAGACAUUCGUUAUUGGAGAAGUGCUAUAGAAAAGUACAAAAAAAUUCCUCAUAAUGAUAUUCAAGAAAGGCUUAGAAUAAGUUAUGAUGGCUUGGAUGAAAGUGAGAAGAAUAUUUUCUUGGACAUUGCAUGUUUCUUUACAGGAGAGCAAGAAGAAUAUGUUACUAAAAUACUUGAUGCUUCUGGUUUCUUUCCUGGUAUUGGUUUCCAAGUACUAAUGGAUAAGUCUCUCAUAACCAUGGAGUCUGGCAGAUUAGUCAUGCAUGAUCUGCUCAAAGAUAUGGGUAGAGAAAUUGUUCGUCAAGAAUCCAAAGAACCCGGUAAACGCACUAGGUUAUGGUUUCAUGAAGAUGUUCGUUAUGUAUUAGAAGAGGCUAAGGGAACAAACGAAAUUCAAGGCAUAUUGGUAGAGUUGCCGGAACAAGACUUGAUAAAUUUGAAUCCUAAAGCCUUUUUGAAGAUGACAAGACUCAGGAUAUUUAUAAAUCGUAACGCACGUUUUUCAAGAAGGCUUAAUUAUCUCUCAAAUGAGUUACGAGUAUUAGACUGGCACGCCUAUCCUAGUCCAUCUUUCCCGCAAAACUUUCAUGGAAAGAAACUCAUUGUUUUAAAAAUGAGUGAAAGCUUGCUCAAAGAAUUGGGAGAUGGAGUGAAGAGCUUUCAGAAUUUGAAAGCUAUGAGAUUCUCUGAAUAUAUAUCGGUAAUCAAUGUCGUUAUACUUGCUGAGUGGAUCAGAGGAUUUGUUCGAUUACGGGAUCUUACUUUGAAUUAUUGCAAGCAACUUAAAGAAAUCUCAGAAGUUCCUCCAAAUAUAGAAGAGGUAGACGCUAGAAAAUCCAGAGGCCCAUCCAUGUUGUACCCUUAUAUUUUUGGGAAGCUGAAGACUCCAAAAGGCUAUGUAAGUGAGGUAAAUGUUGAUUUGCUCUAUUCGGAUGAGAUUAAAGAAUGA